UAUAAAUCCCUGUCCCGGGGUGGAGCUGCCAGCGAAGGUGAAAGUUGGGCCUGGCAGCCUUCCCCAGGUGAGAAGCGACAAGGGGAAAGAAUGCAGAGCUGCAGGCUACUGGGUGCCGGACUUCAGAUUUCCCCUCCCAGUGUCCUUCGGAAGUUGUCUGGGAAAAUGUUCCUCUUGUACAUGUUGGUAACGGGUGUGUCUGCCUUCGCGGUUGAGCCUGAGGAAAGCACAGCGGUUGAAAGAAACUGCCAGUUUCAAGGCACGUAUUUCAAAAUCAUUCUCAAGGCGGAAGGGGAGCCUGUGGUCCUGAAGUGUCCCCAGAUGCUGUACGGGUCGUGGACCUCUGCCAGGCCGCACUUCAGCGUGACGUGGCAUAAAAAUGACUCUGGUGUGAUGGUCUCAGCAGGAGAAGAGAGGCGAGAGCUGGCCCAGGACGGUGCUCUCUGGAUUCUGCCGGCUUUGCAGGGGGACUCGGGCACCUAUGUCUGCACCGUGAGAAAUGCCUCUUUCUGUGAGGAAAUGUCCGUUGAGCUCAGGGUUCUUGAGAAUACAGAAGCGUCUCUGCCCUUCAUCUCAUACCCACAAAUUCUAACCUUGUCAACCUCGGACUCAUUAGUUUGCCCAGAACUGAGUGAUUUCACCCGAAACAAAACUGACCUGAAGAUUCAAUGGUACAAGGACUCUGUUCUUUUGGAUCAAGACAAUGAGAAGUUUCUGAGUGUGAAGGGAACCCCACGCUUGCUCAUAAGAGAUGUGUCUGCAGAGGAUGUAGGCUAUUACAGCUGUGGCAUCACAUUUGUUCACAAAGAUACUCGAUACAACAUCACCAGGAAUAUUGAACUACGUGUCAACAAGAAAGAAGAGGAGACGAUCCCAGUGAUUGUAUCUCCCCACCAGACCAUACUGGCUUCUCUGGGGUCAAGGCUGACAAUCCCAUGCAAGGUGUUUCUGGGCAGUGGCACACAAGCAACCACGCUGCUCUGGUGGACGGCCAACGACACCAGCAUAGAGAUCGCCUACGAAGAAGGCCGGGUGACGGAGGGGCAGCGCCAGGAAUAUUCAGAAAAUAAUGAAAACUACAUUGAAGUGCCAUUGAUUUUUGAUCCUGUCAUAAGGGAGGAUUUGAACACGGAGUUUAAAUGCGAAGUUGUUAACUCAUUGGGUUUUCAGACGCUACAAACCACAGUCAAGGAAGCCUCCACGUUCUCCUGUGAAAUUGCACUGGCUCCCCUGUUGCUGGUUUUCUUGGUUGUGGGGGAAAUAUGGAUACACAAAUGGUGGAAACACAGAGCUAGAAAAGCCCGUGGUCUGAUCAUGUUCAAGACGGACUGUGACAGUGUUUAGCCCUAUCCAGCUAAGAUAAAGGAAAUAAAAUAAUUCAAGUACAAACCAUAUCCUUUCUCCUGGAAAUGGCUCUGCCUUUUGGAGGGACUCAGUUCUGUUCUUCAGUUGUUCAAGAAGACUCUGUGUUGAGUGGGCUUGUAAUAAAAGACUUUUUACAACUUUUCAGAAUAAAAGUCUUACAUACUUUUAUAUAUAAUUUAAUCAUUGUAAGUGUAUAAUAAAAGUCUUGGAUACUUUUAUUCUGAAACUGAGUUGCAGGAUCAAAGGUGCAUGUGAGCGACCGUCUAAUUGUGACCUGUUUAAAAAAGAGUAAGUCACCCUUAGGGUUUCCUGAGAGUUGAAAAUAUCUAUACGAAUUUUGAAAUUGAUUCAUUCAUUCAUUCUCUCAAAAAGAUGUAUUAAAAAUCUAUUUUGGCCAGGAUCUCUGGGAGUUCUUGUAGGUACAAGGAUGGUUAAGUCGUGGUUUGCCUUUCAGGAAGAUAGAAUUUCAUUUUAAGACUGGAAAGGAUGAUUUAGCAAUGCAAAGAAGAAUCAGCAAGAAAUAGUGAUUUUUUUGGAAAGGAUGAUUCAAAAAAUAGCAAUUAGAUUAGAGUGGAACAUAUUAAUGGACUGAGAAAGAGAUCCCACCUAGUAACCAUGCUUCUCGAAAUAAAGGCAAAAGGGAGGGUUUUGAGAGGAUCGUAUACAAAUUGGAAAAAAAUAAUCCAGAGACUUUUUUAUAUCAUGCACACACAAAAAAAUUUCAAAUAAAUUAAUGAACUAAAACAACAACAACAACAAAUUGCAGAAAAUUCAGCAUGGCCCUCUCCUCCACCUACCUAAGUCUCUGUUCAAUGUGACUGUCCCAGAGGCCCUUCUAAAUUGACACCUCCUUGCAUCCUCUCUUUCCCCUCACCCUGCUUUAGGUUACAUCAUAACACUUGUCGCCACCAGACUUUAUGUUAUAUAUUUGCUUGUUUACUUUCCAUCUAGUUUCCCAACCCAAAUGGCAGAUCUCUUAGGCAGAGAUGUUAUUUUGGUCACGGCUGUAUCCCCACUUUCCUCAGAUCAUGCCUGGUAUGUAGUGAGCA